AAAUGCCAUCUAGCAAGUGACCCUAAUGCUCUGAAGAUACGGAUCAAAACAGUCGAUUUGUGUCCUGUAUUGAAACUAUCAUUUGAUUGUCUCUUGAGGAUUUUCUCGUUUUUACCAUUGACAGACUUACAGAGGUAAAUUCGGCGCAUAAUUUGCUUAGGUUUUCCUAAAGGCCCGUUUACACUUUUUGUUUGCGAUUUCUAGUGCGAUUACCUUCUUCUGAUGCAUGUGAAAGAGUAGAGGAGUUAUAAAUUUUCUGAGUAGAUGUACCCUAACCUGAAACAUUCAUAAUUCAUUCACUCGUUCAUAUCUAUCAAAAGAACAAAAUCGCCGCAAAAAAUGCGAGUGUAAACUGGCCUUAACAGAAAACGCGGUUUGAUUUUUCGUUUGAAUCGUGUUCGUUAAACGUUGGAAUGGCGUUCUAGCACGUUUUCUCGAUGUUUCCUAGCUUCAUUUCUCAAUGCGUUUUAAAUAAUUCCGUUCCAUAGGCAGACAUUCCAAUUACUCUCCCGAUUAUACCGAGAGUCUCCCGAAAAUUCAUGCAAUCUCCCGGUCUCCCGAUUUUUAUCAAAUUCUCCCGAUUUUUCAGAAUAUUCUGGAAAUACAGUAUCAUAAAAAAAUUAUAAAUAUACUGUUUUUAGCAACAUAAUAGUCUGUCUCGGACCUUUUUUGAAGUUACUUUAUGCAUGGCAAUUUAUAGGAUCAUUUAUAACAACAUAGUCCCAAAAUGCAGGAAACGCCAUUUCAGAAGACUUAAUUUCUAUUAUUUUUCCCAGAAGAACUAGAUUUCAAUUCACUGAACAGUCUCCCUAAAUUUUACCUCCAGUAGUUGGAAUGUCUGCAUAGGCGCUGCGUUCCGUAACCAAUAUCCAUAAUCUCUUCGUAUGUUCAGAUACAGUCAUACAGAUCUUUAAUACAGAACAGCUACUCUGCGAAAGAAGGCUUUGAUAGUAUAGUUUUAAAAUAACUAAAAACUCUAUAUAUAUGGAUGUAGAUCAUAGCCUAUCGAAGGGAAGAUGGCUGUGAAACUCGUUAGAAUAACAAUAUACUGUAACUCAUCUAUGUUAGUCGACGUUUAUUUAUAAAUCUGGUCCUUCACCGUCACGUGUGUAUUAUAUUUUUGCCCAACUAACCAAUAGGAAUGUUUUAGGAAAGUUACCUAUCCGUGACUCGAACAAUAGGAAAAUUGCUAUUGGUGGAUUUGGUAAAAAUUCAAUACACACGUGACGGUGAAAGGACCAGAUUUACGAAUGAACGUUGACUAACAUAGAUAAUGAGUUAUAUUGUUAUUCUAACGAGUUUCACAGCCAUUUUGAAGUUUCCUUCGAUAUAGGCUAUGAGUAUGGAUAGAUAGAUAGAUAAUAUAUUUAAAAAUUUCACAUCGCAUGCAGCCAGUAGCUGAAAUGCGUGAUUUACAGUAAAAAUAUUACAUUAUUAAAAUUACAAGUAUAUAUCUGAAAAAUCUACAAUAUACACGUUGAAAACCCAAUCUAAAAAAAGGUUCUGAAAGGUCUGUCAGUUUCACUAUACACUAUAUACACUUUAUUUUGACAGAGUGGCUUGUGUUUGCUCAACAUGGAAAUAUGUCGCUGCUCAACCACUAUUGGUAAGAUUUCAGUUUAGACAAACUUCCAUACCCACAUCAUAAUUUUCGUAUUUUUCAAAGUUGGUAAUGUAAUACUUCCGUGCAUAAUUUAUUACUUUUGUAUGUUUUUUGCAUAGUGGAAACGCAUUUCCUUCAAUGGCGUUUUUGUAAAAGACUGGGCAUUGGCAGAAAAAUCUUUGGUAAACUUGUCGUCUGUUCAGAGACUGGUAAGUUGUUUUUGCUUUCGGUAAUGAAGAGGAAAACUUAUGCUUCUAUCAUACCUAUUAAAUAUUUUGUUAAAAGAAUUUUCCUUGUUGAAAAUGGUUAUUUAAUUGAUUAAUGAUUAUUAAAACAAACCAAGGUCUUACUAGGAAACGUGAAAUUAACGGUAACACAAAUUAAUGUUUAUUAAAUUAAUGCGAAAUUUUCAAAGUCGCGUCAAUGAAGUUGCACUGCUAAUUUCCUAUGAAAAGUAUAAUUAUAGGUUUACAGCUAAAUCAAUUGACCAUGCACCAUUUAUAACUUGUACAUAGAUAUAUGUGUGCUAAAUUAAGUUCUUCUUCUUCUCGCAACCACAAAACCUCAAACAUGGAUAUAUCCACUUCGCUUUUCGCUCUUUAAGAGGUCGAGGUUUUGCACUUGUGAUUGACCACAAACAAGAACUUGCUAACGAGGCCUCGUGCUAAAUUGCAAUGUUUCUAUUAAUGUAUUCGGAACCAUGUUCCUUUGAGCCCAUGUGAUAUGCGUACGUCAGCGGGGUUUUUUUCUUGUAAUUGUCAACACCUUACGCUUCGCCGACUCGUUAAAAUCGAGUAUACAUGUAAAUGUAAAUGAAAUAAAAGAGUAAAAAUUAUAUAGAGGUAUAUAGUAAUAAGAUGUGCACAGUGGUCCAAGUAGCGUAAGGCGUUCGAGUUGACCAAUGUCUACAUUAUAAGUUAUCUAUAGCGAACGUGAAAUAAGUGUAUUAUAUAAAAUUAAUCUUGACUAAGUAGUAGAAUGUUUUUAUACCUCUUUUUGAAUAUAUUUAGAGUUAUAGACUGUUUAAUACUAUAGUCAAUAGACUCCCAAAUUUUUGAAGAUACAAACUUGAAUGUGAAUUUUCCAUAGUUUGUACGAGCAUUCGGUCUGCUAAAAUUUUUUUUUGAUGCAAGAUUUAUUGUACUUUGAAUGCGUGAUUUACUGUACUUUGAAAGGAUAACCUUAGUCGAUUUAUAAACUGCAUGUAUAAUUUUUCACUAAAACUGGAAAGUGUAUUUACAGUUUUCUGUGCUGGUUGAUAGCAAAUAAUAUAAUUUUAUUUCUCUUUACUUUCAAGGAUUUUCGGGGUAUAAUUAUUGGAGAGAAGAAAAGUGCAACGUUGCAUAAAAUCACAGACUUGCUUCAUAGCACGGAACACUUGAAGCAUUUGGAUUUUGGCCAAGUCCCCGCUGGUGUAAUUCAUGAUGUCGUGGGCUCACUUUCUAGGUAAUCCUCAUUGGUGUGGUAAAAUGAUGAUUGCAUAGGUUUUACGCUACAAAUUCCGUUAUUAUACGCUAGUGCGCGCAAGGUACAGGGUAGCUGUAUAGGACCUUAUGAUUAUACCCAAACGGGUAAAUUCCGUAUUUCUACGGAAUAAUCGGAAAUUAAAGUUAAAAACACUGAAACGCGAAAGUUAAAAACGAUUUGUUGUAAAGUGGCAGCUGUUUUCAACUAUCUAGUUUGAUAAGCUGAAUUUUCUCGUUUUUUCCCCACUGUCAAUUUUAAUAAAACGCCUUGCAACUUCAAAUACAGCACUUGUAUCUUCGUCAAUAUUCCACGGAAAAUUAAAUGUGGUAUAAUGUUCAAAAUCUAAGUUGGCACUUUCUAAAUACAAUGAAACUUAUUUCAGUGCAACAUCUUUUAUAGCUUUUUACGUUACAGGAAAUCAAAAUUACGUUACAGGAAAUCAAAUUAAAACGAUUUGUUGUAAAAUGGCAGCUGUUUUCAACUAUCUAGUUUGAUAAGCUGAAUUUUGUCGUUUUUUCCCCGCUCUCAAUUUCAAUAAAACGCCUUGCAACGUUAAAUACGGUACUUGUAUCUUCGUCAAUAUACAAUGAAACUUACUUCAGUGCAAUAUCUUUUAUAGUUUUUACGUUACAGGAGAUCAAACAGUGUAUAGAUAUUUUUGGGACACACGAAACUGACAAACUGACAUGACGUCAUUUUCGGAAGAUGGAAGAGGUGUUAAAUGGCUAUGCAACUAACCCAAAUCUAGUGGCGUAGCCAGCCCGACAAUUUGGUCAUGCUAUGCAGAUUUCAAAUAUCAUUAUUCAUUACUUUAGAAAUCGAUUGUUUUCACGGUUUAUGAACACGGAAAUAUUUGCAUAUCAUGACCAAAUUGUCGGGCUGGCUACGCCACUGCCCAAAUCCUACCCGCACUCUAACCGCAACCCUAACUCUCAUCAAACAUCCAAAAAGAAACCACUUUAGAAAUUGAUCAAAUAACGUAAUGUCAGUUUGGUAGUUGGAAACAAGUGAAAAUCUUAUUUUCCUGGCACUGCUUGCGUUUCUCCAGAGUUCACUCGUGCCCAGAGUUUUUGCACAACCUACAUAUUCUUGUGCGUUUACGCAUAUAACGAUGCAUAACUACACUUGCGGACUGAGGUGUGCAAUCUCUGAUAUAUAUACUAGUUGACUAUCCUUGGUUAUUUUUUUAGCCUUGAAGUACUUACUGCUGAAUGGAUUAUUGAUGUUGUGAGGGAUGGCGAUGAUAUUGAUCCGUACGUACCCGUAUUUUGCUUCAAACAUGAUUUUCGUAUAUGCUGUUGAAGUUGAAUGAAAAAGUUCAAGACGCCGGUUCGCCAGUCUGCCUUCUAACAUGGAUUGGAGACGAUUUUUCACAUGCGUAUAUUCUUGACGGUGGAUCGGAAACCAAAAAUACUCUUCAUGUUUCUCUGAUGGUGGUUAUUAAAUUUUGGUAAAAUUUGAGUGAAAACUGGAUGAGAAAUUAGCAAAAUUUGUCUUGCUUUGCCGGGCAGAGUAAACUGAAUACGUGAUUAGCCUAUUGUAUAAAUUAUGUAUGAUACAUAACUUAAUUCGCUAGCGGAGGUGUUUUGUGAUUAGCUUCAUUAUACAAAUAAUUAAUGUUUAUUCGUGCAAUGGUAAGAAUAUUUUCAUGAGGUGAAAGAUGGAAUGUUUCAUUCAACGAGGCGACAGCCGAGUUGAAUGGAACAUUCCAUCUUUCACCGAAUGAAAAUAUUCUUACCAUUGCACGAAUAAACAUUCAUUAUUUGUUUUAUAUAAUACCAAAAUAAACUAAUAGAUUAUGAGAAGCAUUUUGACGGAUGCGAUUUAUCGAAAACACAAAGAGUGCAAUGGAAUAAAACGUAUAGUACAAUUGCACUCUUUUGGAACGUAUUCCAUUGCACUCUUGGGAAAUGGAAUUUUCUAUUCAAUAUCACGUGACCAUAAACAGCCAAUUAAACGAUCAGAAUUCAAUAAGGUAUUAUAUAAAAACAAUAAUGAUCGGUGUUUAUGACUCAUUCUGUAGAAAGAUAAUUUAUAUAAUUCAUUGUCUUUUAUUGUUAUGAUCAACCAAUCACAAAGCCCGUUCAUAUAGGUUGGUGGCGACCCUCUUCGAAUGGCCCUCUAUAUACAUGUAGUUGUGAAAAUGUUGUUGAAAUCUGGUAACUUUAUUCGUACAAUAUUCUUCAACUAAUGCCCCGGUCAAACUAGAACAAGAGUUGCAUGAGAGUUGUCUGGACAACACUGCUCGAACGAGCAAAAAGUUUUGUUAACUUUCAUCACACGUUGAACCGGCUCAAAGUUGAUGAUAGUUUAUGUGAGUACAUGCGAGUUGUCAGUCAAACGCAUGAAGCGAGAGCUUAGCGGGAGCGAGAGUUUGACCGUGGCUUAACAUUGUUACAACAACCUUUUCGUUUUCUGUGUAUAGAGAAAAGACUGCGAAAAUCGAUAUAGGAAAAUUUUCACAUUUAAAGAACUUAAAGGAGCUACGACUUCGAGCAGCUUGUGCUGGACUUCAGUUGCCAAUGUUUGUAUUUAGUGAAGGAAUGCUUGGCAUGAGGGAAUUGCCGCAACUACAGAAACUGGUAAGUGUAACUUUGUAGCACUGAAGUAAAGCUGCAUGUUGCAUGGGCUUUCACUUCUGUAACUGCAUGAGGUUCCAUUCCUGUUGUCUGAUUAUGAUUUCAUCUCAGUCGCAUGUGAGAAGAGCGCUUCCAGUUGUUACUCUAAAACACUGCAAAAAUGUUUGACUCACUAACUGAGUAACAUAAUACAUGCACCCACAGUGGCUGAAAAUAUUGAGUAAUUGUACUCAAAUUGAUGAGCAAUACACCCAGAAGGGUGUAUUUUACUCGUUUUUUUUUUAGUAAAUUUGCUCAUAUAUUUGAGUAAUUUGUCUACAGUAAUAAUUUUGAGUCCACUUAUUUGGUCAAAAUACUCGACGAUUUUCGCAGUGAAGUUGUUCCACACCACCGUGCAAGCCAAAAGAAUAUGCUUGACCGCAGUGGGGAUCGAAUCAGCGAGUCUUGGCCUGUCCUAUGAUCUGCCAACUGAACUACAUGUACGAGUUAGAGUAGAUGAUAUUUCAGAACUUAGUCUCUUCCUUCGGAAUGUGAACACAAGAUGAGCUGUCUAAAGGGACUUCCUAGAAUAGUGCUACUGUAAAGUGACUGUGGUCUUCGGAAAAAGCAUGCCUCAUAUUUUUUACACUGGAUCAUCAGUUAAGAUAAACCGACGCAUGCAAUUUUGUUUGUUGAGAAGAUUAUUUAACACUGGCUUACGUCAGACGAUUUUAUACUUGUCAUUAGGAGUGCCCUUGACCAGGGCUCACAUGUACCAUCGCCUAUCGAAAGGAAGAUGGCUGUGAAACUCAUUAGAACAAUAAUAUAACUCAUUAUCUAUGUUGGUCAACAUACAUACGGUUCUUCCCCGUCACGUCUGUAUUGUAUUUUUGCCAAAUGCACCAAUGAUAAUUUCCAAUUUACACUAAUUGUUCGAGUCACAGAUAUUUCCUAAAACAUUGCUAUUGGACAGUUGGGCAAAAAUACAAUACGGUGAAGGACCAGAUUUAUGAAUAAACGAAACAUGAUGACGGUGAAGGGCCAGAUUUAUGAAUAAACGUUGACUAACAUAGAUAAUGAGUUAUAUUGUUAUUCCAACGAGUUUCACAGCCAUCUUCCCUUCGAUAGGCUAUGCUUGUGCGAAGGCCGGAUAGCACUAUCCACUGCAUAGUGAUUCUCUCAAGAUUUGUAAAAUUAUACACUGGUUCGUAUUACCAAGAUUAAACUUUAGUAUUCGUAUACUGAAAUUUCUUUUUCUCAUUUGUGAGGUCAUAUUAUUGAUCAGUGGGUCAUAUAAGUUGUUUGAUACCUUUUCAAGCAUUUUUGAAAUGGUUGAAAAAAUCACUAUUCGAUGGAUAGUGUUAUUCGACCUUCGUACUAGUACAAUCCGCCCAGACCAGUGUACAGUUACAACAUUUUUGGUGUGAAUUUUUUCCAGGCGUUAACAACGUUCAGAGACCUAACGACUCAAGAAUUUGACUUUUUACCUUAUUUGGAACAGCUUGAGGAUCUUGAGUUAGGAGAUUGCUCGGAAUGGGAAACUGAGGUAUGUAUGAAAUAUGAGCCAUCACUUUGGUAAUGGAGCAGUUUGCACAGUCGCUCACCAGCUCGUGGUCUCAAGUUAAAAUGUGUUAAAGUUCUAUCAUUUGAAUUUCUGUUUAGGCUUACAUUAGUUUGGGUAAGCUUACGGAGUUACGACAUUUGAGGCUCGAACGUAUUGGUUCCGUUUCAAAUGAAGGUUUAGUGCUUGGCUUGUCAUCACUUAAAAAGUAAGUUCGCUCAUUCCAAUGUCAAUUCCAAACUAAGUUAGCUUAUUUAAAUAAAGUUAUUCAUUCAUUCAUUUGGAGAAAUCAAAACCCGAUUAAAGUCACCUGCACCAACUAUUAUGCAUGCAACUCUUUUUUCGCUAUUUGCUUGAAUAUUUCAAAUGUGCGUCGUAUUUCUUGUUUGUCUUUCUAUAUUUUUAGUCUUGUCCAUUUGGAACUGAUAAUGUGUGAAGUUCCGGAAACAUUUUCUCGAGCUCUGAUGGAAAUUUCAACGUUGAGAGCUUUGUGUAUCUGGCCAGAUACUUUCAGCGAACGCGUAAGAGAAUACCAACUUUUUCCAAGUUAACAUCUUUUCAAGUUGCAGCAAUUUUGUUGCUUUAUAUUUGAGAUCAGACCUGGAAACUCGAGGCCUACAGUAUAGUAUAGUAUAACUUCCUGAUCAAAUCCAUCUUUUUGGAACGAGACAAAAUGGGGCAGUAUAACAUGAUUGUGAAAUUGUCAAGACUACAGACCAGUGCCUAGCUGUCGUGGCUCUCUCUGGAACUCGCACUCCGCCCAUGCAGAGGUGUAGGCCAAAAAGUUGCUAUAUCAAAAACCACCCUCACUCCACCUCCAAAUAACAGAAUUAUGUUUUCCUCUUUUUUUACAGGCUUGUCAAGUGAACACAAAUUGCCUGGCUUCGAUCGUUGCCAUUGACCUGCAACACCUUCAACUAUUUGAUUGGGGCGUGUUAACUACGGAUUAUCAAAAGACAAAAGAUAUUGUCAAAAAUUACCAUUCUUACUGCAAAGCCCAAGCAAAAAAUGAUAGUCCUAGUGUAGAAUUUACAAAGUCCCUGAAAGAAUCGCUAUUUGACAAUAUACCAGAGUUACAAUAUGUCCAGAAUGUUCAAUCUGGAAAUAUAACUAUGUCGGCCACUCAGUUGAAAAAGAUUCUGACCAAAAAAUUAUCGUCAACAUAUGUGAGAGUUUUGCCCGUACCUAUCAAUGUUAUGGACAGACUGUAUUUUAUUAUAUAAAGUUUUAUAUUGUGAAAAGAUAUUUUUCUACGUUACAGUUAUUUUGCAUAUGAAAACAAAGAACAUUUUGUUAACUAAUCAAGACAGCUUCCAUGUCGUUGUAUAAUAAAAUGAAAAACUAGUUAGACUUUAAUAUUUUGUAUAAGCGAAUUCCCUGGAUCUAGAGAAUGAGGUCGCCCCUUAAAAUAUCCCCCCCCCCCCUCCUUUAAAUCCCCAUAACCUCUUUGUUGAACAUUUUAGAUAGCUAUACAGUGGUAUAAAAUAUUACAGUAUAUUGAAAAAUCUGGAAAAUCUGCACCGACCUACUAGAUGACCUAGUUGCCCCCUGAAGGACUAAAGAAUGCUCAUAUCGUCUGAAGUGAUCGCAAGAAGUGUCAAGAACCCGUCAACGUUGAAACACCAUGGCAUUGUUCUAUCAAACCUGAACGGAAUCUUGGUAAACGGUUAGUUUUUGCAAUGAUUUACUAUAAAAUGUUAUAUAUGUAUGUAGAUUUUGGAUUGAU